AUGGUGGAAUGGGUCGAUCUGUGUUGGCUGCUUCGUGAUACGUUUCUGGGUGACUCAAGGGACUCAUGGAGGUGGUUAGGGGACAGUGACGGUGAGUUUAGCGUCGGUUCGGUAAAGAGACAAAUGGAUAGUAAUUUGGAUUGUAGUAAUAGAUAUGUCUGGGAGUGGAGCAAGUGGGUGCCUCUCAAAUGUAACUUGUUUGUUUGGCGAGCCGAGAUGGGGAAGAUAGCAACUAGAAUAGAGCUUCAGAAGAGGAAUAUCCCGAUUCCAUCAUUGUCCUGUACGUUUUGUGCUUCGGCUGAUGAAACGGCGGACCAUCUUUUUACGGCGUGUAGUUUCGCUUCUGUUAUUUGGGCAAAGAUGAGCAGCUGGAGUCGGACUCCUUUCUUGGUGGCUUUUUCGGUUCGGGAUAUUAUUGAAGCACACCGGUAUUGCGGUCUUUCGGGCAAAGGUAAGGAUGUUUAUCAGGGGUUGGUUCUCAUUGUUUGCUGGAGAGUAUGGAAGGCUAGAAACGACCUAAUUUUUUCUGGAAAAGCCCCGGUGGUCGACGAUGUUUUUAGCGAGAUCAGGUCGUUGGGAUAUUUGUGGUUUAAGAACAGGUCUAAGUAUAAAGAUAUUUCUUGGGAUGAAUGGUGUAAGUUUGUAAAUAUGUAA